AUGGAAUGCACCUUAUUUGCAAAAAAUUCUUUCCAAAUGUCACAAUGUGUCAUAGCUGUUGGGCAAUACAAAGGAGUUGAGGUCUUUAUACAUAGAAUAAAUUUAUGGCCACCUGGUUCUGUAAGUUACCCAUUUCAGUUUGAAAGAAAGCAAUUCCCUAUCAAGCUAAGCUUUGCAAUGACUGUAAAUAAAUCUCAAGGGCAAACUUUGAAUCAAGUGUCCAUAUAUCUUCCACGUUCAUGUUUUUCUCAUGGGCAGUUGUAUGUUGCUAUGUCUCGUGCCAGAAAAGCCAAAGAUGUUAACAUCUUCUAUGCUAAGCCUCCAAAUCCAUUCCCACAAAACACGGUGAAAAAUGUAGUAGCUUAUGAAGUGUUAAGGCUAACAGGCAUUAUUAAAGAUGACUCAAAUGAAAGUAGUUGA